AUGCAGAAUUCGGCGUUUGCUGCUGCGUUUCACAGCCCAAGUGGGUCAGCCGGCUUGCCGUUGGCUUCUGGCGUAGCAAGAGGAGCAAAUGCGCCAGCCGUGGAUGCGGAAAAUAGCUUAAAGCCCGUCAAUUCUAUACCAAGAUCAACCACAAAUGUUGUACAAGCCAUCAAGGGGACCCCUGCUGAUCCUGGCCAGAAAGGGGCCCCUGCUCAUAUCUCCAGCAGCGCAGAUGCACAGGAGGGCCGCGACGGUCGGACGGUCAAAGGGAAAGUGGCAGGUGAAAGCCCUGCUGUGCCUCCGGGACUGGUGGCUGACAGCAACAUAUCCAUCAGACGCCCGUUUGAUUUGCUACGGAGAGCAGCCGCACGUUUUGGGAAUUAUCCGUGGUUGCUGACAAGCGAGCAGGAUGGGGGAGACGGCCUUGUUGAGAUUACGUACAGACAAGGAUACGCAGUGGCUUUGGCUGUGGGAUCGGGUCUGGAUCGUCUAGUGCCUCCUUCUCAACUCCCGCAGCGUGACGGGGCCAACGAGCCGCUGCGUCUUGUGGGCACUUGGGCUGCUAACUCUGUGGAGCUGCUCCUGGCGGACUUUGGAGCGGGGGCCUUUGGGAUGACCGUGGUGCCAAUGCAUCCGGAAAUGAACGCCCGACGGUUUUUAGAAGUUAUGAUUCAUACGCAAAUGACCCACCUUUGUACAGACUGGAGACAUCUGGAGAUAGUCUUAGACCUUCGAGAAGGAGGGCAACUCUCUAAUUUGUCGGCUUUAAUUACACUUGAUGCGGUGGGGGAUCAAGCAAUGCAACGGGCGCAUGCCCUCGAUUUGACCCUGGUGGACUUCUGGGAGUUGGCUGAUUCCCCCAAUGGCAUAGGGGAACAGAGGUUGAAGAGUCUGCACCGGUCGGGAUUCGACACUCAGGAAAUUGCUGCCGUCAUUUAUCCAAGGGAGAGCAUUCAAGGCGUAUUCCAGGCGGAUGUACUGAGGUAUACCUUAGCGCUUUCUAUGCCAUUUAACGGAGCUAUGUUGACAAACGAAAACGUCCUGGCCUCCCUAGACACCCUGACGGACUGGCGAGCUAGGGCUCUUUCUAUUGUGGAAGCGGAUCGGAUGCUGUGCAUCGACUCCCUCGCAUCCAUUCACCAGCGCGUACUGCAUCUGGCAGUUGUCGACGCUGGGGCAACAGUGGCCUUUGCUCGCAGCGGACUGCUGACGCUGGGGGACGACCUCGAAGCUUUUCAUCCAACCAUAGUUGCAGGAUCGGGGGGCAUUUUGCCAGUGUUGCACGCGGCUGCGAGACGCACCUUGAAAAGUUUGGGCCGGCUGCGCCGAUUUUGGGUCUUGCUUAAGUUAAGGUGGAGGGCCCGACAGUAUUGGCAGACGGGUGACUUUGAGCUCUUAGGGAAACCGCCUUUUGAAGAGCUUAAGGCACAGUUGGCUUCUGUCCACACCAUCAUUGCUGCCCCGGCUUUGGCUUCAAGCGAACUCAUAAAGGAAUUGCAGCUGCUGUAUUCGGUGGCGUGCUGCUCUGCGGAGACGGGGAUAGCGUUUUCGAGUCGAGAACAGAACAGCAGCAGCGGCAGCACGGAGGGCAGCACAGGCGCGAGCGCCGUCGGAGCCUCUUCAGAAUUUGAAAGGAUGCGUGCUGCGCCUUUGGGCUGGCCGUCUCCUGUUGUUGCCGUGGAUUUGGAGGAGCUGUCUGCUGCAGACCAAGUAAAUACAAUUGAUUAUCACGGCGAUGAAGUUCCAGGAAGAAGGGCAGGGGGAUCAUCGCUUGUUCUGAGGUCCUCAGAAGAAAAUCACCAACAGAUUGUCAGCAUUGGCAGUAGCAGCAGCCGCUUCAGCACCCGCAAGAUACACGGCGUCACAGAAGUCUACGGUUUUGCAUUGAGUGGGGCCUGUGUGCGUUUGGCUCAGGGGAGAGAUCGUUAUUCAGGGUCCCUGUGUUUCUGUCGAUUUGCGUGUGUCUUCGUUGCACUUCCUCUAUCUCCAGUUGAACUGCUGCGUAUUGAUUUUGACUCUCUUGCGUUUCUUUUUAAGUAUGGCGCCAUCCCCCACCAGUUGCUGCCACUAUCUGCCUGUAAUUCUGUGGCGAAGCUUCCCUGCUUCGUUGCAAGCUUCAUCCGGCAUUUUGAUAGUCUCUUAUUGCCGUCUUCAGGUUAUUACCGGCACCAAACUGCAUUUCAGCGUCAGCUAACCCCUCGGGGUUUCUACAGGACAGGGCUAGUUGGGAUCUCUGCAGGAGACGGCCUUCCCUUGUUGCUGACCAGCGCUCUUCCGCGAAGUGUACUGACAGCAGAAGGAGAGUUUAUUGACCUGGAAGAAGCUGAAAGACAAAUCCGGAAGGUUCAUAUUGUGAAGAGGGUGCUGUUAUAUGUGGAUGAUUUCCAUUUUUCGGAUGAAUACGGGGCCUCGUACGAGGAGUUGGUGUCUUUGCCGGCGUUGCGGAAGUUUGUGUUGCAUGCAAUUCAAGAGGAGACUUCGCUAAGUCUCGAACACUUUGAACUACCCAAAGCAGUUUACUUGGUGCCACACGACGUCGCGCUGCCUGUGGGGGUGUUUGACCAAGACAAAAACGGCGCAAACAAAUACAGCCGUACCAUGAGGAGGCGGCAGCUCGCAGAGGCCUAUGCACAGCCAAUACAGGAAAUGUACGAGGCAUUAGCUCAAUGA